CACCGAACAAUGGCGAAAGGUUGAAGUGUGUCAGUGUCAAUUUAAUUUCAUAAUUUUUAAUUUAAAAAUUAAAUAGUUCCGUGGAUCUACUGUUUCUUCACAUGAUUGAAAGUGUAAAGAGACUCAAACUCUACUUGUUCCUCCACACAAAUUGCUGAUAUCAGCUGUCACACAGCUACAUAGCAGUAACCCUGACACAAGGAUGCAGGUUUGGGGCGCCCAUGGAGAAUUCUGCGCGCGGCACCAAUGGGAGGUUAUAGUGGCCACACUAGCUCUGCUGGCUUGCGCAGCGAGUGUGGAGCGGCAUGGCGUCGGCAACGGAGCUGAGAGGUGCGCCGGCUGGGCUAGAGCCUGCCCAGGCCUCGAGGCAGAGUACCAAGCGGCAGACGCAGUCAUCAUGACCAUAGUCCGAUGCGCUGCCCUCCUAUACGCCUACUACCAAGUGAUGAACCUACAUAAAAUCGCGUCCAAAUACCUGCUGAUCAUAGCUGGCAUGUUUUCCACCUUCGCCAGUUUUGUAUUCACUUCAGCCUUGGCCAAUUUGUUCUGGAGCGAGCUCGCCAGCAUAAAGGAUGCGCCUUUUCUAUUCCUUCUAGUCGCAGAUGUGGCUAGAGGGGCGAGGAUGGCGCGGGCUGGGUGGGCCGCUGGCGAGGAUCAAGGGAAGAGGGUCGGGAAAGCCUUGGCCCUGUUGGGACCUACGGCUACUUUGGACACGCUCCUCGCGAUCCUAUUGGUCGGAGUUGGAGCGUUGUCUGGGGUACCUCGGUUGGAACAUAUGUGCACAUUUGCCUGCAUAGCUUUACUGGUGGAUUAUGUGGUUUUUGUGUCGUUCUACCCGGCGUGCUUGUCGCUGGUGGCGGAUUUCACGUCUGGAAGAAAGGACGCGACGUCUGACCAUCCGUUCUCUGAAGUAGCUUUGAAGCCCAACCCUGUGGUGCAGAGAGUUAAGAUGAUAAUGGCAGCGGGACUCCUCUGUGUGCACUUAACCAGCCGAUGGCCGUGGAGCAACGAUAUCUCAAACAUUGAGGGUCCCAUGAAUGACACUUCGACACCUAUGGAUGGUGAGAACGUCCUUCUAAAUUCGUACGUCAAGUGGUUCUCGGUGAGUGCAGACUACAUUGUCAUAGCCACACUGCUCAUUGCUCUCAUUAUCAAGUUUAUUUUCUUCGAAGAACCAAGGAACCUCAUUAUCGAUAUGAACGACAUGACCGUUAAAGAAGUGACCAAACAUAAAAGAGAAAAAUCUUCAUCGUCCACCAAUCUGGCGCCUGGCAGACGACCACUGUUCUCUGUAGGAGACGAUGCUAACAGCGAGGUUUCCACGCAAACUGAAGACUCAGUGCCGAACAUAGAUGAUUCUGAUUGGCCGGUACUGUCGCCCAGUUCAUCUGCCUCCAAACUCAACGCCAAGAAACGACCAAUGGCAGAAUGCCUCGAAAUCUACCGCUCUGAAGGUGGCUGCGUGUCUCUGAGUGACGAAGAAGUGGUGAUGCUGGUGGAACAGUCGCACAUUCCUCUUCACAGACUUGAAUCAGUUCUCGGCGAUCCUCUGAGAGGAGUGCGACUGCGCCGCAGAGUCGUGUCAGCACGUUUCCAAACCGAAGAUGCCGUCAAACAGCUUCCAUACCUGAACUACGAUUACAGCAAAGUCCUGAACGCUUGCUGCGAAAACGUCAUCGGCUUCAUCGGAGUGCCAGUAGGAUACGCCGGUCCUUUAUACGUCGACGGCAAACCGUACAUGAUCCCAAUGGCUACGACAGAAGGGGCUUUAGUAGCGUCGACCAACAGAGGGGCCAAAGCGAUUGGAACGAGAGGAGUGAUAUCAGUAGUGGAAGAUGUCGGCAUGACGCGAGCACCCGCUGUCAGAUUCCCCAAUGUAGUCCGUGCACAUGAGGUCAGGCAGUGGCUAGACAACGCGGCUAACUAUGCCAUCAUCAAGGAUGCUUUCGACUCCACAUCCCGAUUUGCAAGACUCCAAGAAGUCCACAUAGGAGUUGACGGUGCUACCUUAUAUCUUCGCUUUAGAGCGACUACAGGUGACGCUAUGGGCAUGAACAUGGUAUCCAAGGGUGCUGAAAACGCCCUGAAACUCCUGAAAACCUACUUCCCAGACAUGGAAGUUAUCAGUCUGUCCGGAAACUACUGUUCGGAUAAGAAAGCGGCUGCUAUUAACUGGGUGAAAGGCCGAGGUAAAAGAGUGGUUUGCGAAACGACAAUCACUAACGAAGCGCUCAGAAAUGUCUUCAAAACCGACGCCAGAACUUUGGCCAGAUGCAACAAGAUCAAGAACCUAUCUGGCUCGGCUCUAGCGGGAUCUAUUGGUGGCAACAACGCACACGCAGCCAACAUGGUGACAGCUAUAUUCAUAGCCACAGGGCAAGAUCCAGCCCAGAAUGUCACAAGCAGCCAAUGUUCCACCAGCAUGGAACCAUGCGGCGAACACGGGGAAGACUUAUACGUGACCUGUACCAUGCCUUGUCUGGAAGUGGGCACAGUUGGCGGUGGAACAGUCCUGUCAGGCCAAGGGGCUUGUCUCGAGAUCUUGGGCGUCAAAGGUGCGGGUAAACGCCCAGCUGAAAAUAGCGCUAGGCUAGCUUCUUUGAUCUGCGCGACGGUGUUAGCUGGAGAGCUUAGCUUGAUGGCUGCUCUGGUCAAUUCUGAUCUGGUCAAGAGUCACAUGCGUCAUAACAGAUCUACGGUUAAUGUUCAACAAGCAACAUUCACAGAUCCGAUUGGUUUCACCUUAACUGUGCCUCAGAAGUUAUAACACGAAGCGUUCAGUAGAAUGCUGAUGGAAGGUUUUGAUGUCUCUUGGGGACAGAAGUGGUGUAAGAUGGUAUCGAAUAUAGGUGCGUUUCUACUUUUACUGUGAGUAGAGCAUGUUGUUUUGUGUGUGUGUUUUAGAAAAUGGUGAUAUUGUUGUUAUCUGAAAGGUUUAACGCUUUAGAUUUAUGUUUUGAGUUUAAAUGUUUAAAGUAUAACAACAAAAAAAUACUGUAAAAUUACUCGAAAAAUAUCAACAAUAAAUCAGUUAUCUGUUACAAGUGAA